AUGAGUGCCAAUUUAGAAUUAGAAGGAUUCAAUGGACUUGGUUCAGCACUUGCACCACGUAUACCUAAUGCUGAAAAUCGAAAUUUAGAAACUAAGAUUGAAUCUAAACAACGUGAUAUUCAAUCAAAACAAAGCGAUAUCGAUGAAAAUGUUACGAAAAUUCAUAUGCUUGAAGAUCAUCUUAAAAAUGUUCAAGAUGAAUUAGGAACAACACAAAGACUUCAUAAUGCUCGUAAACAUGAAGUACAAACUGAAGAACAUAUGAAAAUGUUGAAUGAACGUGAAAUGGGUCGACUUAGACAAGAUAUUUUACGAGUCGAGAAUGAAAUAACAAAUAUAAAAGAUCGUAAAAGUGGUCUAGCGGAUGAAGUUUUUCGUGUAACUCAACAACUUGAUGAAAUGAAAGCACAAAUAAAAUGGGAUCAACAAGCAUUAGAAGCAUGGCUUGAAGAAUCAGCACAAAAGGAUGAAGAUGUUAUGGCAUUAAUGAAAUAUACCAGACAAGAUGAAGCCAAAGUUAAAGAACUUUUGCUUAAAGUUGAACGCAUGACAGACGAAAACAAUAAAAAAAAGCGUGCUGUAGAAAGUGAAGUUAUGGAUACAACUAGUCUUCAGGUUGAACUUGAUAAAACAGCAAGUAAUUUUCGACGUUCUCAUGUUCAACGACAAGACCUCCUCAAACGAUGGGAAGAGAUUAUUGAACAAAUGCAUCAACGAGAUCGUGAUAUUGAUUUAUUAGCUGCUAAAUUAGUCAAAAUCAAAGCUGAAGCUCGUUCUGUUGAAGAACAAAUAAUUGAAAAACGUGAAUUUUAUAAUAAUGAACAAAGAAAUAAUAAUGAACGUCAAUUACAAAUGUCAAUGGCUGAACGACAAGCAGCUAAAUUACGUACACAAUAUGAUGAUGCAGAAAGAAGUCGUGUAUUAUAUGAAAAUGAAUUAUCAGGUUUACGACGUGUUGUUAAACGAACAGAAAAAGAUAAAGAAGCAGCAUAUGCAAUUCUUAGUCAAAUGAAAAAACAAUUAACAGAUCGUCGACAAUAUCUUGAAGAUGUUAAUGUACGUAAACAUGAAUUAAUUGAUAAAAAACGUGAAAUCUUAGAUACAAAAUAUACUGCCGAAGAAAAAGCAAAUAAAAUGGAUAAAUUAUAUUUGGAUGAACAAGAACGUGAACAGGCAUUAAAUAGUCAAUUAAAAUUUUUAUCUGAACGAAUGUUUAAAAUUACACAAGAAGUAUUUGAUUUUAAAGCAAAAGAAAAAAAUUUAGAAGCUGAUACAAGUGGUUCAAUUGUGACUCUUACUAAUUUACAAAUUAAAACACAAAGAUUAGAUCAUGAAGCUUUAAAACAACAAGAAGUACUUUAUCAUCAGGAUUUUGAAAUUCAAUCCCUUGAACGUCGUAUUAAUCGAAUGCAAGGUGAAAAAAGUACUGAAGAACAAGCUGCGUUAGAAAGAAAAAUAAGUGAAUUAGAAGGUGAUUUACAGCGAAAACGUGAUGAUUAUGCAAUGUUAAAUGAUCAACGAAAAAAAAUUGAAGAAGAAACACGACGUUUAACAAAACAUAUAUCGGAAAUUGAUCGUGAUAGAACAAAUGAAACAAAAAAACUUGAAGAACUUGAUUUACAUGCUGAUAAUGCUCAAAGAUUAAUUAGAAAAUUAAAUGAUGAAAAAGAAAAUUUACUUGUCGAUGAACAUUUAAUGCGUAUUGAAAUAAAACGACUUCGUUCUUUACUUAAUUCAAAAUCCGAUAAUGUUAUGGAUCUUGAAACACGUCGAUUACAACUUCAAACAGCUAUUAAAGAACGUCGAAGUGAGAUAGCUAUUCAUCAAUCAACACUUCGUCAACAAUUACGUGAUGAAGAAGGAAGAAAAGGUGAAGUAUCAGCACAAUUACAUGAUCGAAUUGCUAAAAUAGAAAAAUUAAAAAAAAGAUAUGAAAUUGUUAAUAUUUCAAUGGCACCACCUGAAGGAUCACAAGAAGAAGAAACAUCGCAAACUUAUUAUGUUAUUAAAGCUGCUCAAGAAAAGGAAGAAUUACAACGUGCUGGUGAUGAACUUGAUGCAAAAAAUCGUAAAGCAGAACAAGAAUUAUUAGCUUUACAAAAUACUCUUCGUGUUAUCAAUAGUGGAAAUAGUCAAACAAAACAAUCUUUUAAAAAAUUAACUGACUCCAGUGAUGAAAUGACUCGAUUAGAAGAAUUAGAAGAACAAUCAAGACAUUUAACCGAUAAAGUUCGAAUUAAACGAAAAAAAGUGGAAGAUAUCGUCAACGAUCUAAAACGUACUGAACGUGCUCUUGAUGAUUUAACUAAUGUUCAAUCAGCAAGUGAUGAUACAAAUCGUGAGAAACAAUUACAAGUACGAAAAUUAGAUCAAGAUUUGAAAGAAAUGGAAGAAAAAAUAGCUCGUGCUGAUAAGAGUACUUCUUCAAAUAAAAAAGCAGCACGAACUGUUCGUAAUCAAACAGGACCAUUAGUUGAAGAAAAUGAUUUUGAAUUACGUUUAUUAAAAGAAUUUAAUAAAAAACUUGAUACAAUGAUCGAUCAAACUGUUACAAAUGAUCCAGAUGCUAGACAAUAUUAUAAAAUGCUUAAAGAACAAUCUCAUUUAGAUGAUUUAUCAAGUAUAGCAAGUACUCCAUCAAGUGUACGAUCAAGUUCAACACGUAGUUCAGUCUCUCAACAAUCACGUACAUCAUCACGACAACGAGUUCCUGUUUCUUCAGUACAACUUGGUUUAGAUGGAUCAAGACCACCAAGUGGCCCAGGAACACGACAAAGAGCGUCAUCACGUGGCUCAUCAACAGCUAGUUCAGCAUCAGCAUCAUCAUCAACAAAAAGAGUUGUUCGCUAA